UAAACCCUUUACUGCUUCAUCUAAUCUCUAAGAAAACUCACAUUCUUCUUCCGGUUGAUGUUUUGCUCCUCCGCCAUGCACCGAUCAGCUUUGAUGCAUUCAUAUUCAGUUUAUUCACAUAGAUCACAAGAAAUAUGGGCUUGGUUACUAAUUCCUUUUACUCUAUGGAUAUGCGGCAUUUUCAGUCAGUGUCCGGUACGGGGCAUACGGAAAUUCUAAUUUGCCUUUUGGACCGAACUCUUCCCGACUCUUCAAGGCUAGUUCAAUUUUUGUGCAACAAAUUCAAGUUAAAGAUGAUUGGAAGACAGGGGUUUCAGUUUAUGGGUUUUCAGAAGAGCCUGAAUUGAGCUUGAAUGUAAAUUGUUGGAAUUUUUCGAGGUUUUUACAUGUAAGGCCCUAUCGACGUCAGGGUUUCUCAUUAUGGCUGAACAAAGGCUCAAUGAUUCAGAUGAAAUGGGCAGCUGAUGUUAGUGAUUUUAAUGACAUAUUGGUGGUCUUAUACAAGGGACAACAUAAUUUUGCAACUCUGGAGCCUGUGACAGCUCCCCCUGGUUCCAUCUUCUCCAGUAAUUCGACUGAUGGUACGAGUCGUAGGACACAGGUUAAGUACUUAAUUGAUGAAGGCGACAACUACUACAUAUGCGUCAUAAACAUGAAAGCCAGACCCAUUGUAAUGAAGAUUGAUGUCAAUGUUUCAUCAACAAUGUACGAUAUCACAAAGGCAAACAACAAGUGUUCGACAGUAAACGGAUUAUGUCAACUCAAUCUUCUGUUCCCAAAAGAACAGUUUCUCGUCCUAGCCACACCGAACAAUGGAGAUAUAAACGGAUGGUAUAUCGAACUUUCUUUCGUUGCUCGUGUGAUUACAUAUAUUGCAAUCUUAGGACUUCUAGUGAUUUUUCUGUCGCUGAUCCUAAAGUACAUACUAGCGUGGGAGACAUCGAGGGAUAUCGAACCCAUACCGGAACUAAGGUCGGCAAAUGAGACUGACCCAUUAAUACCACCAACGGCAGGGAAACCUGGUUCAUUCAUAUACGGAACAGGUGAUGAAGACGAUCUCGAAUCACAAACGUCUAACUCUUCUGACGAUUUGUAUGAUGGGAAAAUAUGCGUAAUUUGCUAUGACAAACAGCGCAAUUGUUUCUUCAUUCCUUGUGGUCAUUGUGCCGCUUGCUAUCCUUGUGCUCAAAGGAUUGUUUCGGAAGGGGAGAGCAGGUUUUGCCCAGUAUGUAGAAGGCUAAUUCACAGGAUAAGAAAAUUGUAUAAUUCUUAGGGCCAACCUUGGGGUUGGCUAUGCUGUAAUGUUGAUAUAUUUUGCACUGGGGAGAUCAAUUAUGCGUUAAAGAGGUUGAGUAAUUCGGUCGAAGUACUCUGUUAGAAGCGACUAAACUUUAAGCCUAUGAUAUAAUAAAAAUACAAGCAAGAGUUAUACUUGAAAUGUUAAUUUUGGCUGGUCAUAUAACUUUUCUUUGGAUCUAAAUAUUCUGGA